AUUUCUCCUCAAAUCAAUUUAAUUUUCAUCUUGUAUGAUCUCUUCUUCGCAAUAUUUCCCGCAUACUACAGAAGAUGACGAAUCCAUUAGAAGCUUUGAGAAUGCAUCUCCUCAAAAGUGCGGAGAAUGGUUCGCCAUCGCCAUUCUCUUCGCUCAAAUUGCUCUGUUUAUUGCAACACUUUUUGUGUGGAAUACCAGGUUAUAAGCAGAACAUAAUAGCACCAGGAUCAAAACGGCGUUGUUGAAGAAAACUUAAGAAAAGAGAUAACUUUGAGCAUACUGAACUGUGUUCAAUCUAAUGAUCCACUGCAUACAUAUGUUAGUAUAUAUAUACAAGAUAUUCUAAGUAUAUGCCUAGAAUUUUUGUCUUGAAUGUUGCUUGUGACUAUUUAUUGAUUUCUUCCUAAAUUAUGCACUAUGAGUAAUAGCUAGAGAUGCUCUUUACCUUCUGAUAUCUUUUGUAUGUUUAGCUGAUCCUUUUUCCCUUCUACCAUCUUGUGUUUCCUUUCUUAGUUUAUUUGUUGUUGUUGGAUUUGAUUCCUGUGAUCUUGCUUGUUUUGACUUAGUCUUCAUACUCCUCCUCAAACUGGCAUAAGGUGACUCAAUCAAACCCAGUUUGAACUUUAACAACGGAAAUUGGGCGUGUGGAAGCGGUUUUGAGCAUGAAACACAAGAUUUAUAGACAUAUGUAAAGCACUAAUAUUAUCUGAAAAAAUUUGAGGAGGAGAAUAAAGUGAAACCCCAAUAUCAUGUAGAAGAUAGGUAACCUAAACAAUUUCAAUUGUAGUAGCAGCUAAGGCUCGAUAUUCUGCUUUAGCAGUAAAGCGAGCGAUGGUAGGUUGCUUCUUAGAAGACCAUGAGAUGCAAUUUGCUCCAAGGAAAACAUAGUAGCUAGUAGUGCUUCAUCUUGUAAUUGGACAACCGGCCCAAUCAGCAUCACAAAACCCUGUGAGUGAGAGAGUGCUGUGAGAGGAGAAGCGUAGUCCAUGGUGUAUGGUUCCUUUUAUGUAUCUCAAAAUACAUUUAACUUGACGCA